AUGUCCGAAAAGGCAAUAAGGGCGAAAAAAAAGUACUUAAGACAAAAAGAAGUAAGACUUCACGAACUUAAAAACAGAAGAGAAGCAAAUCGGAAAAAACUCGCUAUGAAAAUCUUUACACAUGUCUACAAAAAACUCAAAACAAGCAACGGAUUCAAAUUCGAUUUCAAAAUCGAAAAACAAAUUCAUGAAAUUUUCGACACGUGGGCCCGCGAAACCGUUGAUGAGUUUUUAAAAUCAAUAGAAGAACGUGCACCCGUGUAUCGAAACCUUUCGGGUGGAGACUUUUUAUCUUUAAACAGAAUCCGAGACCAACUUCCGGAAGAAUUAAUACAAUCUUACGAUAAUUUUCAAGAAAAAGUCGACAAGUAUUUGAACCCGAUAAAAGCACGAGAGAAGUUACUAGAUAUAAAAAUGAAACAAGAACAAGAAGAAGAACAAAAAUACACCGAAAGAACAGUCAAAGAUUUGACCCAACUUCUUAUAAAAGUCGAUGCACCUGAAAAACUAAUUAAAAAAUCCGUAAAAUUAGCGGGGUUCACGAAUGACAUGGGUCGUCCGAGACCUAUCACUUUACUCACGGUUCUUGAAGAUAUCGAUAUCAUUAAAUGGUACGCGGGUAUCGGAAAAAGAUGGCUAAAUUACUAUUCGUGUUCUAGAAACUUCAAGUUUGUGAAAACGAUUGUGAGUUAUCACUUGCGAUUUUCGUGUUUAUUAACUUUAGCUGAGAAACACGAAUCAAGUAAACGAGAAGCUAUUAGACAUUACACGAAAGAUUUGAGGGUUUUUGAUGUUGAUGGGAGUGAAGAGUUUUGGUUUCCUAGUGAAAGGGAGAUUAAGAUGAUGGGGGAUACGAAUCUUGUGGAUCCGAAACCCGUGGAUGGGGUUUUGAGUAUGGUGUUGAUAAGAUUGGCUUUUGAUGAGGGUUUGUAUCGAUGUGGUGUGCAUUUUUGUGAGAGAUUUGAUACGAUUGUGUAUCGUAUUCGGUUGUUGGAUCGAGGUUUGAAUUUGGAUGACAAGUGUUGGGUUUUUGAUAGGAUGUGUGUUGUGUUGUGUUCGGAUCAUGUAAGUGAGAUGUAUGUUGGUGAACUUACACUACAAGAUGUUGACUAUUCGAGCUUGAUGUGUAUUUGA